AUGGGGCCGGUUUCCUCGCGAAAAUUCGGCUCUGAAAGCAGAGAAGACCAGAGCGAGGUUCGACGAUCUGUCUACAGUCACCAUGGCGGCAAUGCAAUGCAACGUCGAUCUUUUGCGCAAUCAUUUCCCCAAGGAGGAGGCAUUCGCCGAUAUGCGACCCGAAAGAUCAAGCUCGUGCAAGGCUUCGUCUUGAGUGCCGACUAUCCCGUACCGAGCGCGAUUCAAAAUGCGAUGCAGAAGGAAUAUCGAGAAGGGGAGGAAUAUGGCGAGGAGUUCUCUCAUAUUAGAUAUACCGCGGCCACUUGCGAUCCCGAUGAAUUUAUUAUGCGAAAUGGUUACAACCUCCGUCCUGCCAUGUAUAGUCGACAUACCGAGUUGAUGAUCGCCAUUACAUGCAAGAGUGAGAAUAAGGUUCUCACUGCGCAUACUCUCCACGGUGUUAUGCAGAACAUCCGCGAUAUCACAAAUCUUCGACGAUCCGAAUUCUGGCAGAAAGGUGGACCGGCUUGGCAGAAGAUCGUAUGCACAUUGGUUUUUGAUGGAAUUGAUCCUUGCGAUAAGAAUACUCUUGAUGUAUUGGCGACCAUUGGUUUAUAUCAGGAGGGUAUCAUGAAGAAGUCUGUUGAUGGGAGAGAGACAGUGGCACAUAUUUUUGAAUACACUACCCAACUGUCUGUCACCCCGGAUCAACAAUUAGUGCGACCUCAGGGGGAUGAGUCGACCAACCUUCCACCUGUUCAGAUGAUUUUAUGCUUGAAGCAAAAGCCAAGUAAUAAGAUCAACUCGCACCGCUGGAUUUUCAACGGUUUCUGCCGUAUGCUGAACCCAGAAGUGGUUGUAUUACUUGACGCAGGAACAAAGCCAUCUAAACGAUCCUUACUUGGUUUAUGGCAGGCGUUUUACAACGAUGAAAACCUUGGUGGCUCCUGCGGUGAGACUCAUGCGAUGCGCGAUAAAAGAUCCUUGAUCAACCCUUUCGUCGCCAUCCAGAACUUUGAACACAUGAAAUCGAACAUUCUCGACAAGCCUCUAGAAAGUAUCUUCGGACAAGUCUCUCUGGGCGCAUUCUCAGCCUACCGAUACCGAGCCAUCAUGGGACGACCACUGGAACAAUAUUUCAACGGUGAUCUGACACUUUCGAAGAAACUGGGCAAGAAGGGUAUUGAAGGAAUGAGUAUCUUCAAGAAGAAUAUGUUCCUUGCCGGAGAUCGAAUCUUGUCAUUUGAGUUAGUCGCAAAGGCUGGUUCAAAAUGGCACUUGUCCUUCGUCAAAGCCGCCAACUGUGAAGCCCAAGUUCCUAAAGACUUCACAGACUUCAUCAUCGAACAGCGACAGUCUUUUAACGGUUCAUUUGCAUCGAACUUGUAUGCGUUGAUUCAUUUCACUCGUAUAUUUAGGAGUCGGCAUAAUGUCUUGCGACUCACACUUUUCUAUCUCCAAAUGCUGUACAACUUCUCCAAGUUAAUCUUGUCUUGGUUUUCACUCGCCUCAUUCUGGUUGAUCAGCGUGGGCAUCAUGGACCUUGUCGGUACCCCCGGCACUUUUAACGACGAUUUGGCAUGGCCUUUUGGUAAUGAAGCUUCUCCGAUCGUACACACCUUUUUCAAAUACUUUUAUUGCGUCUUCCUGGGUCUUCAAUUUAUCUUGUCCCUUGGAAACCGACCCAAAGGUUCUCGUCUGCUUUAUGUGUUGGCCUUCAUGUAUUUUUCUUUCAUCCAGCUCUACGUCACCGUGCUGGCAUUCUAUGUUGUGGCCAACAACAUCGGUAGCUCCUUUACAGUCGACAUGGACGAGGAAGCCAUUCAGUCAGAGAGCUGGAAUGCCUCUGCCUCGAACAUGGUUGUAAUCUCUAUUGUCUGCACAUACGGUGUUCAUCUUAUUACCAGUUUACUCUAUAUGGAUCCCUGGCAUGUUCUCACAUCCGGCUGGGCCCACUAUGCAGCAACGACUUGCUCAUCAAACAUCAUGAUGGUCUACGCUUUCUGCAAUUGGCACGACGUCUCGUUUGGAACUCCGAUCGCUGAGAAAACUCAAAUCCUCCCCGAAGCUCAGAUCAAGAAGGAUGGAAAGUCGAGGGUUAUCGAAGAAGUGGACAGGCCUCAGAUUGAUAUUGAUACUCUCUUCCAGACCACAGUCAAGCGAGCUUUGGCACCAUUUGAGGCGCCUCCAGAGGAUAAGAGCACGACUAUGGACGAUUCGUACAAGUCUUUCCGAACGAAUCUUCUCCUGCUCUGGGUGUUUAGUAACCUGAUCAUGGUUCUAAUUAUCAACAGUGUCGGUAUCAAGAGAUUCUGUCUCACAAACAACCCAGGCACGCGUGUUUGGAGCUACGCUGUGGCUGUUAUGUGGGCAACUGUUGGUAUCUCCCUCUUCCGUUUCGCUGGAUCCAUCUGGUUUCUGGUCAAAUCGGGGGUCCUCAACUGCUUUUCACGUCGUUAG